UGCAAUCGAUGGCUCAGGUUGGAGGCGCGGGGAGCGGCCCGAGGCUUGCCGGCGUGCACGCCGCGCAGCCAUGAACGACUUUGACGAGUGCGGCCCCAGCGCAGCCAGCAUGUACCUGCCGGGCUGCGCUUACUACGUGGCCCCGUCGGACUUCGCCAGCAAGCCCUCGUUCCUCUCGCAGCCGUCCUCGUGCCAGAUGACUUUCCCCUACUCGUCCAACCUGGCGCCGCACGUCCAGCCCGUGCGGGAGGUGGCUUUUCGCGACUACGGCCUGGAGCGCGCCAAGUGGCCCUACCGCGGUGGCGGCGGCGGUGGCGCGGGGGGCGGCGGCGGUGGCGGUCCCGGCGGGGGUGGUGGCGGCUCCGGGGGCUACGCUCCCUACUACGCCGCGGCGGCCGCGGCGGCGGCGGCGGCGGCGGCAGCCGAGGAGGCGGCCAUGCAGCGAGAUCUGCUCCCGGCAGCCGGCCGCCGGCCAGACGUGCUCUUCAAGGCUCCGGAGCCGGUGUGCGGCGCUUCCGGGCCGCCGCACGGUCCCGCGGCCGCCGCCUCUAACUUCUACAGCGCCGUGGGUCGCAACGGCAUCCUGCCCCAGGGCUUUGAUCAGUUCUACGAGGCGGCGCCGGGACCCCCCUUCGCCGGCCCGCAGCCCCAGCCCGCUCCCGCGCCACCGCCGCAGCCCGAGGGCGCCGCUGACAAGGGCGACCCCAAGCCUGGGGCUGGUGGCGGCGGGGGCAGUCCCUGUGCCAAGGCGACUCCGGGGCCCGAGCCCAAGGGGGCGGCGGAAGGCGGCGGCGGUGAAGGCGAGGGCCCCCCGGGGGAGGCGGGGGCCGAAAAGAGCGGCGGCACAGUGGCCCCCCAGAGGUCCCGGAAAAAGCGCUGUCCCUACACCAAGUACCAGAUCCGCGAACUGGAACGCGAGUUUUUCUUUAAUGUAUACAUAAACAAAGAGAAAAGACUCCAACUCUCUCGGAUGCUCAACCUCACUGACCGGCAAGUCAAAAUCUGGUUCCAGAAUCGCAGGAUGAAAGAAAAGAAACUGAACAGGGACCGUCUGCAGUAUUUCACUGGAAACCCCUUAUUUUGAGAGCUCCAGGAUGUACCCCUCCCCAGAACCCCACUCACCCACCCUCCUUCCUACCAGCCUGCCCUCCGCAGGCCCAAUGUCCUUGGGUUCAAUGACGCCUCUUCUCUGUGGAACUUCACGAUUCCUUCUUGCGUUCAACUCGGGACCUCCCAGCGACCACUACAGCCUGAGGAAGAGGCCCGGAACUUGGCUGAGCGGAUCCUAAUAAGGGGAAUAUGGUAAAUGCAAACAUCCCUUUACAAUUUUACCGCCAAUGUGCUGUUGUUCCUCUUCUCCCUCUCCGAGUCCUCGUGGACGCGGCGAGAUCUGUAGGGAGUUAGGCCAUGGGGCUAGAAGGAGCCGGUGUUUUGUUUUGAGUUUAAGAAUUCCUUUCUUCCCCCUCAGUGAACACAGAUUAUUUAAACUCUGGGAAAUGUACCUUUGGGCAUGAGUCACUGUCUUUUUGUGUGUGAAUAAAUGGUUUUUAGCAAAAUGGAGGUUACAGCUUCAAUACACUGCAUGGGCUUUUACUGUUUGAAGAAGUUUAGUGGCUAAUCAGGCUGUCUUAGUGACCAGAACCCCCUUCCUUCCCCAUGCAACUGAAAGCCCGCUGGGACACUUUUUA